CGGCUAACAUGUGGUCUUGAUGAUGGCACAUUAAAAAAUUACACAGAAGUGCCAUCAGCAAUAAACAUCAAUGGUAAAAAACAGCGAUUCGAUUCACAACCAAUACAGGACAUAUGGUCAUCGUCUAUUGGGAAGACAACGGAUUCUAGCAAAAGUAGCAGUAGUAGCAGUAGCACAAAAAUGAAGAAAAUUAGACCAGAAGGAAAAAAGAAGUCGCAUGCGGUAGCAGAAAUACCUAACGAAAAACAACAGGUGGAAAAAAAGACGGAGUGUACGGAUACUGUAACGGGCGGCUCAUCAAAUGAUUGA